AUGACCGGCACAGUGCCUCUGGGAAUUGGGAAAAUGCAGCAGCUGAGUUGGUUUAAUUUGUGGCAUAAUCAUUUUGUUAGUGGGAGCAGUGGUUUAUCUAUUUUAACAGUGUUAACUAAUUGCUCCAGCUUGGAACAUCUUGAUUUGGCAUUUAAUUAUUUUACUGGUGUCCUGCCCACUUCAAUUGGUCGCCUUUCAAAGUCACUCUCGUAUCUAGCUUUGAACUCAAAUGAAAUUAGGGGAAGUAUACCAGAUGAGAUUGGUAAUCUCACAAACUUGACUCUAUUAGAUCUAAAUGCAAGCCAAUUAAAUGGGACAAUUCCAUCUGCACUCAGUAGACUUCCAAAUCUGGAAAGAUUAUAUUUGCACACAAACAAUUUACAGGGAAGAAUUCCAGAAAGUUUUUGCCAUUCAAAAAAGCUUGGAUUGUUGUCACUCAGUGAGAAUAUGCUUUCAGGCCAAAUUCCAGAAAGUCUUGGCAAGCUUCCACAAUUACGAGAUCUUAUUCUUCAUCACAAUCAACUCUCAGGCAAAAUACCUGCCAGUUUAGGGAGAUGUCAGACAUUGGAAACGGUGGACUUGGCCAACAACAAACUAUCCGGAAAUCUACCUCCUGAAGUUGCAGCUAUAGAUGUUUCUCAAAACAAUUUCUCAGGAGGCAUUCCCAGUACACUGGCAAGCUGCAAGGAGUUGGAAUACCUAAAUCUUUCUUUGAAUGCAUUCGAGGGGCCAAUCCCUCCAUUACUGGCAGAUCUACAAAAUCUGCAGUACAUGGAUCUUUCUUGCAAUAAUUUGUCAGGAAUGAUACCCGUGGCUUUCAAAAAGAUGAAAAUGCUUCAGCAUCUCAAUCUCUCUUCAAACAUGCUAGCUGGAGAGGUACCAAAGGGAGGGGCUUUUGCAACUCUUGAUGCCUCAGAAGUCAUGGGAAACCUGGGCUUGUGUGGUGGAUGGAUUAAUUUGCCGCCAUGCUCUCAUUCCAAGCACAACCAACCAUCAGUCUCCAAAAAGGUGAUAAUCCCUAUUGUUGUUGGCAUUGUAAUUUUGAUCAUCUCUCUUCUAUUGGAAGCAUUUUCUUAUAGAUAUAGAAGUUUGAGUACCCCUUCUCUCAAAGUAUGGCCUCCAAAAUUUUCAUAUGAAGAACUUGUAGAUGCAACUGGUGGGUUCAAUGACGAAAAUCUUUUAGGAAUUAGCAAUUUCGGGUCGGUUUAUAAAGGGAUUCUAAAGAAUUGUAGAAAUAUUGCUGUUAAAGUUUUCAAGUUGCAAGAUGAACAUGCUCACCAAAAUUUUAGUAGAGAAUGCAAUGCAUUAAAAAGAGUUCGGUAUCGCAAUGUAAUUAAAAUCAUUUCAACAUGCACGAACCUUGAUUUUAAAGCCUUAAUUCUUCCAUUCGUGUCAAAUGGAAAUUUGGAGAGAUGGUUGUAUCCUCCUGAAGGGAGUGGAUGUAGAUUAAAUUUGAGUGAUCGGAUAAGGAUAGCAAUGGAGAUAGUAGAAGGAAUGGCAUAUCUUCAUCAUUAUUGCUUUGUUCAAGUGAUUCAUUGUGACCUCAAGCCCAACAAUGUUCUAUUCGGAGAUGAUAUGACUGCGAGUAUAGCAGAUUUUGGCCUUUCCAAUCUUAUUUUCAGCAAUUCUGUAAAUUUUUUGACUUCUACAAAUGCACUUAGAGGAUCUAUUGGCUGCAUUGCACCAGAGUAUGGAAUAGGCGGAAAUCUUACUACAAAGGGAGAUGUGUACAGUUAUGGAAUUCUAGUUUUAGAGUUGUUGACAAGGAAGAGACCAGUAGAUGAUAUGUUCAAUGAAGGAAUCAAUCUACAAAAAUGGAUAGAAAUGCAUUUUCCAAAUAGAAUUUCAGAUGUGGUGGAUAAUUGCCUUCUUACAGAUGUUGAUGAAUCAAAGAAAUCAAUGUCUAUUGUGAACAAAGAAAUAAUGUUCAACUUGUGUUACCUAGAUGGUAUAGUAUAUUGUGACAUGAUUGAUGGAUUCACAUUUGAAAUUGUGAGUGAAAAGAUGCUGUUGUGA